AUGUUCAUUCAACCCCCUUUCAAGAUCUUAGAGAUCAAUGUGAUUUCUGCCCAAGACCUUCCUCCCGUGUCAAAAAUGUUACGCACCUUUGCAGUUGCAUAUAUACAUCCUGACCAUAGAUUAACAACUAGGGUGGAUCAUCAAGGCAAAACAAAUCCUACAUGGAAUUACAAGAUGGUUUUUCGUGUGGAUGACAAGUUUCUUAAUUCAGAAGCGGCUUCUAUCAUGUUUGAGAUCUACAACGUUGCAUGGCUACGUGAUCUUCCCAUUGGCACAACACACCUUAUGAUAAAUAGUUUUUUCCCUCCUCUUUCAUCCAAUAAUCCAACCAUGAGAUCUACUGUGCUUCAUAUUCGUCGUUCAAGUGGUCAUUUACAAGGGCUCCUUCAUGUUAGUGUUCAAUUGAUUGACACUAGCACCGCAGAAAUCCUCCCUUAUGGAAGUGAAUUGAGCACCUCUAUAUGUUCAUCAUCAAAAGAUGAAAAAAACACUAGUCAUGAUGAAAAGCUUGAAAACACCUCGAUUAUUUCUAAAGGACAUGACACGCUAUAUGAAGAAGAAAUUAUCAAGAACAACAAUUACGUACCGGAGACUCAUGAGGAGAUGAAGAAAAGUCAAAAGAGGGGAAUGUUACUACGUUUACAUAGUAAACGAAUAAUGUCUAAUAGCAAUUCUGAUUUAUUAUCACCAAAUCAAAAGAUGAGAAGGACACCAACUAUGUCAUUUUGCUCAGGGGUGCAACCUAUACCAUCAAUUGUGGCAGAAGAUAUGAAAAAAGGAUUGUAUCACACAGGGGAAGGAAUAGAUUAUGGAAGUUCUAUAUUUGAAAAUUGGACUGUACCAGGUGACAAAGAUGAAGAAAUCCAAUCGAUGCGAGCCAAAAGCUUGACGUGGGGUUCAGAUGAUCAAGUUCACGUGCAAGAAUAUGUUGAGAAUAAAAAGAAAUCACGUAGAAGGAGACAUGACUCAGAUGGAGGUGGAUUAUUUUCAUGUUUUGGCAAAGUGUAUGGUUUUGAAUUCAAGCUUAUUUGUGGAUCAAGAAGCACCAACAAGAAGAAAGACAAGAAACUUGAACUCCAGAAGAGCCUUCCUUAUAAUAAUAAUAAUCAUUAUGACGCUAACUUACGCAGGUUUUACAUAUAA